GCCGCCGCCGCUGCCGCUGCCGCCCCCCUGAAUCCCGGGCCUCGAUGCCUCGAUCUCGCGACGCGCUCUACCGUUUCCUUCAGGGCGGCCGACACUUGCGACGGGAUCGGAACAGGCAAUGUAUCACUGCCAAGCCUUUGGUGGCGGCUGGCCUUUGGUCAGAGAGACCGCGUCGCGCCAGCGGGAGACGAGGGAGGUACCGUUGUAACAAGCAGGCAGCAGCUUUGCACCCUCGUUCUGUCCCUUUGCAGUACGCAGGCAGGCUGGUGCUGGCUGGUGCUGGAUCGACGACGCUGCAGGUGGGGUGGUCACCUCAACUGAACACAACAGACACUCACGUCUCUGUUGACCACUUGCUCAUUCACCUUUUUGUUUCUUGUAUCGCUCGACAGCAGCGACGACUGGCCGGCUCGCCUCCUCGAGCCCUCGACACGACGUCUGCACCGUCUUUACCCCACCUCGAACGACCCGACCCCUCCGCCGCCACUUGUAGAUUCUAGAACGAACCGCCAUCUGACCACCACGCCAUGCUUGUCUCGACCUUUGUCACGGCCCUCGCGGCCCUCGGCACCGUCUCGGCGGCCUCAUCUGGCCACGCCAAGGCCGACCGCCGCGCACACACUGCCCGCGCCCGCAUCCUCUCCGACGAGGCCCUCGAGGCGCGCGACAUGAGCCCCAACGCCGCGCACUCGCUCGAGAAGCGCCAGUCCUUCUCGGGCACCGCCACGUUCUACCACACCGGCCUCGGUGCUUGUGGCGGCUGGUCCAAGGACUCGGACUACCUCGUCGCCCUCAACUCGGCCCAGUACGGCAGCGGCUACCCCGGCCCGCACUGCUGGAAGACGCUCACCAUCACGGCCCGCGGCGUGACCGUCAGCGGCAUCCCCGUGCUUGACGAGUGCCCCACCUGCGCUUACGGCGACCUCGACCUGUCGCCCUCGCUCUUCCGCCGCUUCGCCCCGGAAUCGGCUGGUGUCUUCCCCAUCAGCUGGUCAUGGGACGGUGGCAGCAAGCCUGACCCGCCAAAGGAGGAGCCCAAGCCUGAGCUCAAGCCUGAGCCCAAGCCAGAGCCCAAGCCUGAGCCGUCUCCUCCCCCUCCCCCUCCUCCUCCCCCGCCUCCCUCGUCGACCUGGAGCCCCCCUCCCCAGCAGACGACCGAGGCUCCUGCCCCGAGCGCUGACCCCACCUCGUCGUCGACUCGUGCGCCCGAGUCGUCGUCGUCGUCCUCUGCCGAGGCUUCUUCGUCCUCCGAGUCGGCCAGCGCCUCGAGCACCUCGUCGUCGCUGCUUCCCUCCGGCUCGGCCGUCCCCAACGCGACGAUCAGCGGCAACGUGACCAUCGGCGCCAACGGCACCUUCCCCAACGCGACCGCCCCCAUCAUCCCUCCCCCUGUCGCCUCGGCCAAGAAUCAGACGGCUGUCGUCGAUGGCUCGGGCCCCGCCGUCGAGGGUAACCUCCACGGCGUGACCAACUUUGUCGCCAACGUUGGACAGCUCAUCUUCAUUGGCGCUGGCGGCCACUAA